AUGACACUUUCGCCUUUGUACUGUAUCUUCGGCAUCGCUGCGCUUUGGAGGCUUGGCGCGACGACAUGGUUGGGCAGCUUUGUACCAGCGAAUAGCACCACCAAUAUUGCGCUGAUUGAGAGUACGAGCAAGAUUUUAUGUAGUUUUCAUACGAAAGUGGUCUAUGUAUAUUUCGAAAACGGUACCUCUUCCGGUUAUUCGGGUGAUAUAUUACGGUAUUUAAGUGAUUGCGGUACUUCAUACAUUACAUUAAGAAAUCAUGUUAAAACCGCACCGCUGGAGCUUAUCAAAAACGAUGGCAUACUACUGUAUCUGGUAAUGAUCUUUCAUGACGCCUCACAACGCGUCGACCUUGGCAUUCUACGCAAAAAAUCCGCAGCCAAACACCUCUCUCAUGUCAUCAUGCUCAUUAUGAAUUCGGAUACAGUGACAGAGAGUUGGUUGCGUCGCACCUUCGCGAUCUUUUGGAAAAUUUGGUUUCUCAACAUUGUGAUCAUGUUCAGAAGAGAUAGUGUACUGCAAAUCUACAGAUACAAUCCGUUCGCCGAUGAAUUUCUCAUACAUAUACAACUGUAUAAUGAGAGAUUGCCGAGCAAGGAGCAACUUUUUCCUACGAAAUUGCCAGAUAUGGGCGGCAGACCUUUACGCGUGUGCUUGUAUCACGAUGAGGUGCGUGCGAUUUUCGAAGAUGAACGCGAUGACCAAAACGUUAUUGGAAGUGAUGCGCUGAUGUCGCAGUUCGUUGCGCAACGGUUGAACGCUACGCGUGUCAUACGCCGAGUUAGUAGGUUCGGUAACUUCACAUUAAAAGCAGAUAUUUGUUUCCAAGAAAUCACAAAGGAGUUAGAUGAUGUGGCGUUUAAUGUACGUUUUCUGGCAGCGCCAAGCUUCUCACAACAAGCCGAAUAUACGAUCGUUCACAGUCGGGAUAGUUUAUGCGCUUUGGUGCCGAAGGCGAAAAUAGCGACGACAUUCUGGAAUCUAUUUCGUUCGUUCACUAUUCCCGUUUGGCUGACGAUUUUGCUGUCGAUACCACUCGCCUAUAUCUUUUGUAAUUUGGUACACCUCCGCCUGAACCAAUCCGAAUUCGAUCUACUGCAACUAUAUGCCAUCACCUUGACAAUGCCAUUAACACGUAUACCUACACGCACUUCGCUGCGCAUUUUCCUAUUCUUCUGGCUGUUCUACGGUAUGCUAAUUUGCAAUACCUUUAAAGGCAAUCUCACAAGCAGCCUGGUUUUUCGCACAUAUCUCGAUGAUGUGAAUACCUUGAAGGAUUUGGCUGAGUCACCAUAUAAUUUGCUAGCAUAUAGCAGAUAUACGAAACAUUUGGAUAAUUUUCUGAAUGACAGUGAGCCAAACGAAGCCAUUAUCAAGCGUAAAGUGGUUGUUGUGCCGGACAAGGAACUUUUGACUGGCAUAAAGAGGAAUAACCUCUCGUGCGCCUAUGUUCAGAAGUAUCACUUUGCUGCAUUCUAUGCGAAUGCGCGCAUUCACUAUUCUCGCGGCAGACCGUUAUUCCACGUGAUGUCCGCUUGCUUGGUACCGUUUCACGCCGUCUACAUCGUGCCGUAUGGGUCGCCUUAUUUGGGUUUCAUCAACAAACUAAUACGCAGCUCGCACGAGUUCGGUUACGCUGAGCACUGGGAAAGCCUCAUGAAUGCGGCCUUUAUAGAGUCGGGAAAGAAAAGUAUACGCGAUGUACGGAAUGAUGACGAUCCAGUUGUGCUUAAAUUGGGACAUUUUCAGGCAGCUUUCGGUAUAUUAUGGGUUGGGCUCACAAUAGCAUCAAUUGCAUUUGUGUGGGAAAUGUUGGAACAACCAAACUUUAAGCGGAUUCUUAGAAAUUUAUAUUAGAAGAUUGCCAGGCAUUCACACAAAUAUGCAAAGACUUCGAAGCAUUUUUACGAAUUUUCGAAAGCAAUCAGAAAAGACAAAAACAAAUAUAAGAACGUUCCACAUUUCAUGCAGUUAAUUGGCGCAACCAUGCAAGCUUGGCAUUUUACUCACCAUU